CAGGAUGCAUAUCGCAUCAUUCCGUGACAGAUUCUGUGUACGAUACUGUCAUAGAGCUAAAAAGCAAAAUAUAUGAAUUUUUUUUUCUCCUUUUCUGGAGAAUAUAUAUAGGAGCACAAUACAAUCUGAGUCAGAAUCAGAUAAGUGUUGGUUUGUUUUUUUGUUGAGAAGAGAGAAUGGCUGUGGCGUCGUCAUCAUCGCUUAUCACGUUGAAGGUGAAACCUUGCAUUUUCGGGUCUCCUCGGAGAUCCGCGGUGGUUCGGAAUUGUGCGAAGUCAACGGCGGGGACAAUAUCGACGAGUUGGAGCCUGGACAGCUGGAGGGCGAAGAAGGCGCUUCAGCUUCCGGAGUACCCAGAUGCGAAUGAAUUGGACCUAGUCCUCCAAACCCUCUCUUCUUUUCCCCCAAUCGUCUUCGCCGGCGAGGCGAGGAAUCUGGAGGAGAAGCUCGCUCAGGCUGCCAUGGGGAACGCUUUUCUCCUUCAGGGCGGUGAUUGCGCCGAGAGCUUCAAGGAAUUCACUGCCAACAACAUCCGUGACACCUUCCGUGUCAUCCUUCAAAUGGGUGUGGUCCUCAUGUUCGGUGGCCAAAUGCCCGUUAUCAAGGUGGGGAGAAUGGCAGGUCAAUUUGCAAAGCCGAGAUCCGAUUCAUUUGAGGAGAAGAAUGGAGUGACGCUCCCAAGUUACAGGGGUGAUAAUGUGAAUGGCGAUGCAUUUGACGCGGCAUCUAGAAUCCCCGAUCCACAGAGGAUGAUAAGAGCCUACUGCCAAUCUGUGUCUACUCUGAACCUUUUGCGGGCAUUUGCCACGGGAGGUUAUGCUGCCAUGCAAAGGGUUAAUCAAUGGAAUCUUGAUUUCAUGGAGCAUAGUGAACAGGGAGACAGGUACCGUGAAUUAGCCCAUAGAGUGGAUGAGGCUCUUGGCUUCAUGAAUGUUGCUGGGCUCACAGCCGACCAUCCCAUCAUGAGUACAACAGACUUUUGGACCUCCCAUGAGUGUUUGCUUCUCCCUUAUGAGCAAGCACUUACUAGGGAGGAUUCUACUACUGGGCUUCAUUAUGAUUGCUCAGCUCACAUGCUAUGGGUUGGGGAACGUACCCGCCAACUUGAUGGUGCUCAUGUUGAAUUCUUGAGAGGAGUUGCUAAUCCACUUGGCAUCAAGGUGAGUGAUAAGAUGGUUCCCGAUGAACUUGUUAAGCUGAUAGAUAUUCUGAACCCUAAAAACAAGCCUGGAAGAAUUACAGUCAUUGUUAGAAUGGGAGCUGAGAAUAUGCGAGUGAAGCUUCCACAUCUUAUCAGGGCAGUUCGCAGAGCAGGUCAAAUUGUCACUUGGGUUAGUGACCCCAUGCAUGGGAACACCAUUAAAGCUCCAUCUGGACUUAAAACCCGCUCUUUUGAUGCAAUAAGGGCUGAGCUGAGGGCAUUCUUUGAUGUGCAUGAUCAAGAAGGAAGCUACCCAGGAGGGGUUCAUUUAGAGAUGACAGGGCAGAACGUGACAGAAUGUGUUGGAGGCUCAAGGACUAUUACUUAUGAUGACUUGAGCUCACGCUACCACACACAUUGUGAUCCAAGGCUUAAUGCUUCUCAAUCUCUCGAGCUUGCAUUUAAUAUUGCGGACAGGUUGCGCAAGAGAAGGCUCAAUUCAACUCGAUCACUUGGAAUUUAGACAAGAGGGGGUCUGUCUUCCUUUGUACCUGGAUCACAAUACUGGUCAAACAUGUGUUGAGUUUUCUUGAGCACAGUGAACAAAUACUCUACUGGGAGCCACUCUACCGAGUUUCAUAAGAACUUAAAAUAGUCGGCACAAUUAAUAGUUGUGCUGUAUGAGUGUUACAAGACAGUUCAAAACACUGCAGGUGUAUGUACUUGCAAGUUUGCACUUUUAAGUUUGGAGAUAGUACGUGUGUAGUAUUUAUGCUCGACUCGAGUAAAUGAGUAAUAACUAAAGUUUCAAGGUACAACUUACAUCAUAAUGCAACCGAGUGAAAUUUAUUAUAUACGAGAUGGUUUUACGUAA